UUGCCCAAAGCAUUAUGUCAAUUCAAAACGAUAAAUCGAACGCGUAACACAAAACACGGCUCAGAAACUAUCCAGUAGCAUUAAUACUAAUCAUUAAACCAAAAAUUUUCGUAAAAUGCGUAGUUUAUUUGUGAUCGCCUGCACCCUCGCCGUGGCUAUGGCCAGGCCUGAGCCACCGUCAACUCGCUAUGGACCACCACCAGCGCCAGCCAAGCAAUACGGCCCACCACCAUCGCCACCAGCGGAACAAUAUGGUCCACCACCUACACAGCCACCACAGCCGCUACCACUUUAUGGUCCACCUGCACCCUUCUAUGGUCCACCACCAGCCACUGAGGCCAUUGUCACUAAGAAUGUGUACGUACAUGUGCCACCAGAGGAGCCAGAAGUGUAUCAGCCAGCAGAACCCAUUCAAACUGCUGUACCAAAGAAGCAUUAUAAAAUCAUCUUCAUUAAAGCACCAAAUCCACCAGCUCCAGUACAACAAGUAUUGCCACCUCCAGUACAGGAUGAACACAAAACUCUCGUCUAUGUGUUGGUUAAGAAACCCGAAGAACAACAGCCAUUGAUAUUGCCAUCACCUGCACCUACAGAACCCAGCAAACCAGAGGUUUACUUCAUCAAGUACAAGCAACAGCAGAAACCUGCUACACAAUACGGUCCACCACCUGCACCAGCCGCCGAGUAUGGCCCACCAGCGGCGGAGAAGUUCUAAGUUAGUUGAUUUGUUAGUGUGGUUGACAUGACGUUGCUAUCCGAGCGAUCACUAUUGUAAAUAUAUUUCAUCAAUUCUCCUAUGAGUACUUAGUGCUUUGAAUUAGUACAAUUUUAUGAACACUGUUUAACGGUGUAUUUAUGUAUUAAGCUACUUUUUACAUACGAACUUUUUUCUAUAUACCA